UGAACGUGUCGUCUUUCUUCCUCGAUAGUCAAAUCACACGUGGUUCUUGAUUGCUGUGAUUUUCUGGGCUCGUACUUAUCUCAUUCUUCUCAAGCAGUUAAUUAAAAAAUCAGUUUAAAAAAAUAGUUAUGCUAAGAAUUGUGAUCUCGGGUUCUUUGUUGCUGUGAAUUUUAGUGGUAUUUACAGAUUUCUUGUGAAAUGAAUCAAGCAGGAAAUAAAAUGGAAUCUCAUGCUUACAAAGUAUAGAUAAAUUUUUGGUGAGAUUGUAUGCAGUGCUUUAGGUGUGGAGCAAUUUUUAAAUUCUGAGUGUUAAUUUUACUUUACAAGGAAUAAGUUCUUUCUGAGUGGUGAAAAGUGGAAUGAUUUUAUGUAGAUGAAAACAAGAACUGUGAGAGUGAAGUGACUUGUUGGAUUUUUGGAUAUUGGAAAAAAUUUUCUUUCAGGAAUUUGAAUUUAGCUCGUUUCCCGCCAAUUCAAGACAUUUAAAUUUGAACGGCGGCGGUUGAGCUUAGGGGGUGUAAAUAUAGUAAGAAAGUGAUUGGGCGCAGUUGGUGGCUGAUUUUCGAAAAUUGAUUAGAAUCAAAAUCAAGGUGGCUUUAUCUCAUUACGAAUGGCGUCUACAUUCGAAUCCGGAGAUCACUGAGAGGAUCCUAAAGGGAAUGGAUUUUCAGAGCGUGAUGGAAACGAUGGCAGAGGCAUGGGUGGCUGCUAACACCAAAAAUGAAGUUCAGAGCCAAGCUUUGGCACUGACAUACAAGGCAUCACCACCUUCCAGACCGGAUAGCGUGCCCUCGCUGCCAAGAAGUCCGCAGUCCCAACAAUCUCAUCAGUCACAGACUCAGAGCACCCCUCAGCCCUCAACCGUUCAAUCGCAUCAGCAACAGACGCCAGUGAGUUCAACCCAACCAACGUUUUCAACUCAUACGCAACACCCUAAACAGGAGGUCACCUCCAGCCCAAAGCAAGAUGGCUUCGAUAUCAGCAAAUCCGCUUCCGGUACCGCAAAAAGUCUUCCAGUUCACUGUGUCGUCGAGGUUAUUCAUAGUGUCAUAGAGAGUCGGGCAAGUGCUCGUGAUAAUUGGAGGAGGCCUCAUGUAGAAAAAGAUACAUAUGUUUUCAUACCAGCUGUGAUGCCCUUUCAGGAUUUGGUCGGUGAAGCAUUAUUACGACUAGGCUACUCUAGUGAUCUCAUAUUAAGUGCUCGAGGGAGCAUUGUGAUAAGAAAUUGGAAGCCCUUGCCAACUGAAAAAGUAGCUGAAGGGCCACUCUUAACAGUUGGCGAUAUUUUGGCAGAAUUGAUCCACCUGACUACUCUCAAGAUUCAGGUCUACAAAUCAAGACCACCACCUCCUAGUCCAGCUGCCGAGGUCAAAGACAAACUUCUAAGGUUUCUGCUACUUCAUAGUCAUGCAUUUCUAGUCGGAUGUCCUCUCGAUGAGUUGACUCUAACUUCUCUCUGCAGAGGUGUCAAUGAUAUUUCUGAAGAUACAAGAAGAAACUUCGAAAGCUGGUUACAACAGCAGCAUUUAGCCCUUGGGAUGAAUCACUUGAUUCCACCCCAAAAUCAUCAAACCCAAAGCCCUCAACCUGAUGGGACAGGCCCAAUGGGACCCACAAGUCACAUAGGCCAUCCACAUCCUAGUCUUCUUCCCUAUUCCCAUAAAACUCGAAUGAGAACCAGUUUCGACCCAGAACUCGAACUUCCUCGAUUACAGCGUUGGUUCAGUGAAAAUCAGCAUCCAACUCGUCCCCAAAUUACCCAUUAUGUCAACGAAUUGAAUUCAUUGGAAUCGAGGCGAGGAAGAAAACCUCUGGAUGUUCACAAUGUUGUUUAUUGGUUCAAAAACGCCAGGGCUGCUCAGAAAAGGGCUGAAACUAGGGGUGUCAAUGGCUAUAGUCCACCUGGUCUCAGUCCAAGAGGGGCUAGCAUGAUCAGUGAAGAUUGCUCUGAUGAUGAAGAGGAUUCCAGGCAUCAGUCACCAUCUCCUUCACCAUACGCUUCCGGAAGUCCUCCGGGACCACUCUCCCUGACAACUCGACCGGAGGAUCAGCAUUCAUCUUUGACGCCAUCUUCUGUAAAACAGGAAGAUGCAAGAGCAUCCUCUGGUUCUGAUGAUGAUGAAGCUAGUCCAACAGGUCCACUGCCACCAGGGUUUCCCUUAUUACCAAGUCACGUGUUUAGUCCAGGUGUCAUGUACAUGUCUCCUUAUCUCCCUGCUCGUGGACCUCCGGGAUGUCCAACAAAUUUGCUCGACGAGAGGAGAAAACGGAACCGGACGUUCAUCGAUCCCGUCACGGAAGUUCCGAAACUCGAGACGUGGUUCACGCACAAUACUCAUCCCAGUCAUGCGUUAAUCCUAAAGUAUACAGAAGAGCUAAAUAGAAUGCCCUAUAGACAGAAGUUUCCUCGACUGGAGACGAAGAAUGUGCAAUUUUGGUUUAAGAAUCGUAGAGCCAAGUGCAAGCGUUUAAAAAUGGCACUUUUCGAUGGAGAAUCACCUCAACCUCAUCCAUAUCAUGCAGAGUAGAUUGCUCAUGUCCUGUGUAAAUAUCGCUCUGAUUACAAAUACAUUCGUAAUAAUUCCAUACUCAAACCAAAAAGACACAUUACACAGCACACACACUUACAUAAAAAUACACAUAGGAAAUACGUGAUUACACUCAGCAUUAGACAAGCGACAAGUUAAAGUACAUUAAGCGCUUAUUAAUUCAUAUUCUCGUUAAUUAAUAUGUAUUAAAAGUAUGUGUAAUUAUUUCUUAAGUAGUAAUAUAUUAUCAUUAUUAUUAUUAAAAUUAUUAUUAUGUUUUACGAUGAGUGUAAAUACGAGAAUGAUGUCAAAUAAACUGUACGCCACUGUAGAGUCUA